GAUCCUUCAUCAGAACAAAUAAUCAAAUCUAAAAUAAUUAAGAGAGAGAACUAAAUCAACAUGUUAAAUGUUUUUGAGUUAUGGAUUGUGAUAGUUUCACUCUUAGUGUUAAAGCUAUGUCAUUGGAUUUAUCAAUGGAGAAAUCCAAAAUGUAAUGGAAAACUUCUUCCAGGAUCAAUGGGGUUUCCAAUCAUCGGGGAGACUUUCGAGUUUAUGAAGCCUCAUGAUGUUCUUCAGUUUCCAUCAUUUGUCAAAAAGAGAGUCAUUAGACAUGGACCUGUUUUUCGGACAAGCUUAUUUGGAAGCAAAGUUAUAAUCUCAAUGGAUAACGAAUUGAAUAUGGAGAUAGCAAAGACAAAUCGUACUAUUGGUGUCCCGAAGAGCAUAACAAGGCUAUUUGGCGAUAACAACUUAUUCGUGCAGAGCAUAGAGUCCCAUAAACAUGUCCGAAGCUUGACGUUCCAGUUGUUGGGUCCUCAGGGUUUAAAAUUGAGAGUUAUUGAGGACAUCGAUCUCUUGGCUCGCAAACACAUGGAGGAAGGAGCUAGGAACGGGUUCCUUAACGUCAAGGAAGCAGCAAGCAAGAUAUUAAUUGAAUGCCUUGCAAAGAAAGUUAUGGGCGACAUGGAUCCAGAGACGGCGAAAGAACUCGCAAUUUGCUGGAGAAAAUUUCCGAGUGGCUGGUUUCGCUUCCCUUUCAAAAUUCCUGGGAUGGGUGUCUAUGAUAUGAUGAAAGCAAGAAAGAGAAUGAUGAAUUUGCUAAAGGAGGUAGUGUUGAAGAAGAGAGCAUCAGGAGAGGAGUUUGGGGAGUUCUUCAAAAUCAUAUUUGGAGAAAACGAAAGAGGAAAAGAAAAGAUGAGCGUGGAGAAUGCGAUCAAUUACAUUUAUACAUUUUUCCUGAUUGCUAACGAAACAACGCCACGUAUUCUUGCUGCGACAGUAAAGCUCAUAAGCGAAAAGCCUAGAGUCAUGCAAGAGUUACAGAGAGAGCAUGCGAGAAUAGUCGGAGAUAGGACUGAGAAGGAUGCUGCCUUAACAUGGGAAGACUACAAAUCCAUGACUUUCACCCAUAUGGUGAUCAAUGAGUCUCUUAGGAUCACAACGACGGUGCCUGUAGUGCUUAGAAAACCUGAUCAUGAUAUCCAAGUCGGUGAUUAUACUAUUCCGGCGGGUUGGACCUUCAUGGGAUAUCCUAAUGUCCAUUUUAACCCAGAAAAGUAUGAGGACCCUUUUGUAUUUAAUCCAUGGCGCUGGAAGGGUAAAGACCUUAGUGCUUUGGUAUCCAAGAAUUACGUCCCCUUUGGCGCUGGUCCGAGACUCUGUGUAGGGGCUUACUUUGCUAAGCUGCUCAUGGCCAUUUUCAUCCACAAUUUGUGUAGAUACAGGUGGUCAAUGAAGGUAGAGACAACCGUAACUCGAAGCUAUAUGCUUAUGUUUCCACAGGGAUGUGAUGUUCAAUUCUCAGAAGAUACCAAAGUGGAUUAGAAGGCUGGUUAUUGGAGUAGUUAUAUUCCAAUCGAAUUUUUAUAUAUAUUUUAUGUUGAAUAAAUAAGACAGAUGGUUAUAAUCUAUGAAUAUGCUUCCAUCAUUAAUAAAUAAAUAUAUUUUAUUUGAUAAUA